AUGCUUUUAUUGUGUAAAACCAACACCGGAAGUUUUGAUCUGAGCUGACCUACUUCUGCACAGAAUGGACGAAGGCGGAGAAGAAGAAACUACUUUUGUCGUUGAAGACGUGACCAAGCUAAUAAAAGACUCCAUAGAAACAGUCAUUGGAGGAAAUGCGUAUCAACACGUCAGAGUAAACCAGUGGAGCACAAGCGUUGUGGAGCAGUGCCUAAGUCAACUCUGCAAGCUUGGAAAGCCCUUCAAAUAUAUCGUCACCUGUGUCAUCAUGCAGAACAACGGAGCUGGUCUCCAAACAGCCAGCUCGUGCUUUUGGGACAACUCAACUGAUGGAAGCUGUGCGGUAAAAUGGGAGAACAAAUCCAUGUGCUGCAUCGUUAGUGUUUUUGGCUUGGCCAUUUAAAAAUUAAGAAUGUUUGGCCAUGUUGGCUUUUUUAUGUCAUGCAUAAACAAAUACAAUUAUUUGAAGAAAAAAAAAAAGCUUCAUGUCCAGCUUUUAUCGAAUUUAUUUGAAUGACACCAGGACCCACAAUCUCAUAAACCUUUGAAGGCAAAAUUCACUUGAAACACCUGUUCAUUGUCAAUAAGUUGACUCUGAAAAAGGAAGUGUUAUGAAUGUCAAGAAAAGGCACCACGUUGAUGUACAAUACACGUUUGUUUUGGCUCCUUGUAAACUUUAUACAAAACAAAUGCACAUGUUAAUAUGAGAAUAUAUUAUUACAUUAAAUAUAAAGGCAAAGAUAUUUGGCCAGUGGUUUCACCAUAAUUAUGUAAGAAAUUGUUAAUAUACUUCAGUAGUGGAUAAACAAUACAGUAUAAACAUUUUCUAACUAAAUAAAACCUACACAAGUGCAAUUAUAAAAAUGUCCUCACGGAAAGAUACUGCCUUCAAAUAAUUUUUUUAACAGCCUUCAUAAAUUUUUACAUAUCAAGCACAAAUUUGGCUUAUAAACAAAGCUUUGGCACUUCACAUGAUUUUAAAGUUCAGAUAACGGGCCGCUGCUUUUUAAUUCCAUCAAUCAGGUAUUCUCUUUCGCUUACACAGCAGCUUGGAAUGACCAACAGUACGGAGAUAUCAGUAGUUUAACUCAAAGCAUAACAACUAGAGAUUGUCUCUACAAAGGGCAAACAAUAGCCUGGUUAAACAUAAGCAUUUAUCAUUUUUAACUCGAUUUUUAAGUGUUUCAGAGGAUAAUUAGGGCCACUUUAGAGAGACAGUAAUAACAAAAUAAAGUUAAAAAUAUGAAGAGAAAUAUUAGAAGAAAAAAGGUAAUUACUAAAAAGUGAUACUUAUAUCAGAAAAAAAAAGAUCAAAUAAUAAAGUCCAAACUAAUAUUACCAGAAAAGGUAUGAGAAACAAUUUUACAACAAUAAAAACUUAUUGUUGUAGUUUGUCAUUUUAUGACAAAAAAAUUACAUAAUUUAUGAAACUUUUAUUUACAUUUUAAAUUAUUUAUGAGAAGUAAAAAAAAUAUAUAUAUAGAAAGAAAUCCGUUUUGCUCCUUAUUUAAAAAAAGUUAUUUAAAAAUUUUUUUAAUGAUAAAUCUAACAAAGAAUUCAACCAAAAAACUAAAUGAAACAGUAAAAUAUUACAAGAAAGUGUUUCCUGUUAAGGAAAUACAUCUGUUUUUCCAUUAAAAAUGUUAAGUAUAUAUUUUAAUGAUAAUGCUGUAACAAAGAAUUACACAACUAAAGAACAAAAUUUAACAAGUGUUUCCUCUUGAGGAAAUAUAAGUUUGAUUUUUCCAUUUAAAAUGUAAAAAAAAAGAAAAAUAAUGAUUUGAUAGAGUGGCCUUAUUACUCCCAAGUAAUGACGAAAUGCUGGUGGUGUAUCAAAAAGAAAGUUUUAAGUGGUGACAAGCCACUAUAUCCAGUGAAAUUACAGUACAUUCUGGAAAAGUGGUCCUUUUAAAAAAAAAUAUGUUUAUGUACACUUCCAGCGUGGAAAAUACUUCUUAUUUACACUUGAUAUAUUUUUCUGUGCAUUUCCCACCCAAGCCCAAUCAGUCGCUGUCGCUCUCGUCCUGGAAGUUGGCGGCUGCUUUAAUUGCACGUCCGUUUUGUAAAGGCA